AUGGCGCAUUGCUCUCCUCUUCGCUCGCCGGCGCCGGCGACACUACCGCCGCCACCGUCAUCCACCAUGAACGCUCUCCAGCUCCCCUUUCAACCACUCAAACCGCCGUCAACCUUAAACACCACCACCUUAAAGGGCCUUUUUGCCACAGCUCUGAACCUCCUUGAGGACCGCGUGAUCGUCCCGCUCGAGGCGAGGAGGCAACUACCCAGCUGCGUCGACCCGGCUGUGCAGCUCGCCGGCAACUUCGCGCCCGUGCAGGAGAUGCCGUCCCCGCUGCGGAACCUGGGCGUCACCGGCGAGAUCCCGCCAGCUCUGCUCGGCGGUGUGUACGUACGUAACGGCGCGAACCCACUACUCCCGCCGACGGCAGGGCACCACCUCUUCGACGGCGACGGGAUGCUCCACGCGGUGUCACUGCCGUCAUCUUCGUCUUUGGCGCCGUCGGGGGCAUCUUACACGUGUCGGUUCACACGCACCAGCCGGCUCGCUCAGGAGGAGGCGCUGGGGCGAUGCGCGUUCCCAAAGGCCAUUGGCGAGCUCCAUGGAGGUGCGGGUAUCGCUCUGCUCGCUCUUUUCGGCCUCCGCGCGGUCACCGGCAUCGUCGACUCCAGCAAAGGCGCCGGCUCCGCAAACGCCGGGCUUGUCUACUUUGGCGGCCGCCUCCUCGCGCUCUCAGAAGACGACCUGCCGUACCAGGUGCAUGUCGGUGACGGUGGCGACCUACACACCGUCGGCCGGUUCGACUUCGCUGGGCAGCUGUGCUCAUCAAUGAUCGCCCACCCGAAGGUCGACCAGGCCACGGGCGAGCUCUUCGCGCUGAGCUACGACCCCGUGAGGAGGCCGUACCUGCGGUACUUCCGCGUGGACCCGGCCACCGGCGAGAAGUCCCGCGACGUGGACGUGGCACUCCGGCAGCCGACGAUGGUGCACGACUUCGCCAUCACCGAGAGCUUCGCCGUGAUCCCAGACCAGCAGGUGGUGUUCGACAUGGGCCAGAUGCUACGUGGCCGCUCGCCGCUCGUGCACGACGGCAGCAAGAUCUCACGCUUCGGCCUCCUCCUGCGGUAUGACUCGAACGACUCUAGGAUGCGAUGGUUCGACGUGCCGGAUUGCUUCUGCUUCCACGUCUGGAAUGCAUGGGAGGAGACCGACCAUGCGGGCGACGGCCCGGCCACCGUAGUCAUUAUCUGCUCCUGCAUGACGCCGCCGGACGCGCUCUUUUGUGAAGCCGCCGCCGAUGCCCCGACGAACUUGCGCGCCACCCUGACAGAGAUCCGGCUGGACCUCCGUACGGGGAUGUCUCGACGGCGUGAGCUCGCCUCGGGGCUGAGCUUGGAGGCCGGCACUGUGAACCGGACCCUGCUGGGGCGGCGGACGCGGUAUGCGUACCUCGCCAUCGCGGAGCCGUGGCCGCGGUGCCGGGGCGUGGCCAAGGUGGACCUGGCGACCGGUGAGGCUCUUGCUGUGCAUCAGUAUGGCACCGGGUGGUUCGGCGGCAAGGCGUCGUUCGUGCCGGCGGCCGGCUGUAAGGAGAGGGAAGACGAGGGGCAUGUCGUGGUGAUGGUGCACGAUGAGGCGGCGAGCACGUCAGAGCUGGCCGUGCUAGACGCGGUCACCAUGGAGGCGGUUACAACGGUGGCGCUGCCGUGCCGCGUGCCCUACGGCUUCCAUGGCGCGUUCCUCACUAGAGACCAGCUCGCCACUCAGAGGACUUGUAUCUCCUAG